AUGUGGGUUUAUUAUGUGAAAUUUAAUAUUGUUUUCUUUUUAAAGUUUAAUUUACAUUUGAAUAUGUUAUUUACUACAAUUAUUGCGCUCGUUAGAACCGGAGACCUAUUUUACUGGAAAAGAGGUAUUCUAUCUCAGUCCUCACGGCUGACAACGCAUCUGCAUUUUAAUUCGCAAACAAAGAUAGAUGUAGAUGUCUAUGGGCCACAGCAACUACUUACCAUCAGGUGGACCGUGUGCUCGUUUGUCUCCCUUAUAGAAUAA